GAAGGACUACUAUCAAGUCAUCAAUGUCGAGAUCAUCGCCAACUAUUCCAAGUUUGGUCAUAUCGCCUGAGAAUAAUGGUGAAUCUAGCACACAGGCUCAAACUAAAAGAAGAGGUAGAUCCUCUAGUUUAGUUAGCCUUCAAGAAGUACCAGCUGACCCUCAAGAAACGCUCGAUCAAGGCGCUUUAAAUAAUUAUAACGCAGAUUGGGUUAAUUUUAAAGGCGCAUGGUUGAUGCAUCUCGUACUUGUCACACUUGGAAAACUAUUGAUUGAUGCUUUACCUGGAAUGACACAAGAGAUUAGUUGGACUUUGGUAAAUUGUGGUUAUAUGGCAGUAACCUUUUUGAUGUUUCAUCAUGUUAAAGGUGUACCCUUUGAAUCCAAUAAUGGUGCAUGGGAUGAACUUACUUUCUGGGAGCAGAUUGAUGGUGGUGCUCAGUAUACGCCAGCACGCAAAUGGUUGACUUGUGUACCAAUAGGAUUGUUCUUGAUAUCGACGCAUUAUACCAAAUUUCAGAGUUGGCUUUUUGCAUUCAACUUUGUUGCGUUGCUCGUUACACUUACACCCAAAUUACCUCUAUUGCACAGGCAGAGAGUUAAAUUCAUGGAGGUUGAAGAUGAAUCAGGUGGUAACACACCAGUCACUUCAUCCUCUCAAAAGCGACAAAAUGAAAUGCCUCCAAUAAAUCUCAGUUUAGAUUAACGAUAUUCUUUCUUUACGCAUACAUUCACAUUCUUAUAAUAAUAUCAAGGUUCUACAUCCUUUUCUGACCAUGAGAAAUCAGCUUCUUUACGGAAAAUUUUACGUUCGUUAGGCUGACUUUUUAGAUCGCAAUAAUCUACUUCUAUUGGAUCAAUUAUAACUAAUGUGAAUCUUUCAAGUCCUUCAUUAUACCAUUUAUCCUGCUUAUCAACUUGUACCUUCUUUGGAUAUUCUUUAAUGUCAAUGCGAGAGUUUCUAUCUGAACCAGGGGCAACAGGUUUAGCAAAAGCUGCUCUUAAAGGAUCUGACAUUUCAUCCCAAAUUUUCACACGUUCAGAUUCAAAGUCGAUACCUGUUUGAAGGAGUGAAUCAGGUAAUGGUGUUGGAUUAUACUUAUCCUUGACUUGAGGUGAAGGUAAAAGGAAAGCAUUUGCUUGUAUUCUUAAUUGGCGCAUUGCAGGUUCUAUCCAGAAAACAUACUCUAAUGGUGUGCCUUGAUCUUUGACGUAAUUUGCCUCGAAUUGCUUUACUUUUGCAUACGUAUAUCAGUCGUACUUAAUAGAAUGUUACUUUCAGACGCAAAUCCACGAUGCACCAUGAUCCGCACUUUUGGACGAUUGUUCUCAAUUGUACCGACGGCUACAUUGAAAAUAUCUUUUGAUAUAGCUUUAUUAUCAUCCAAUAACUUCUCUAGAAGUGUUUUCCAAGGUGCAGUAGUUUUAAACAUGAUUGGUGUCCUGAAAGAAAUGAUAUGAGGAAGCGAAUAGAGACUAAUAAUAAUUGACUAUUGAAAAAGGUAUAGAUGUAUUGAUCAUUUGUAUUUCGAGUAUUAAUUCUCUUUCAUAUCGUCUACCAUCAACCAUCAUCAAUAUGGAAGAUCCAUUAAGUCAAUCAACUCCAGAUUUAUAUCAGGACAAUGAAAAUGCCUGGGGAGAUGUUCCAACAUCACAAUCCAUGUAUACUCAAACAUCCUCGAUUGACAAACCGUUACCAUCUCCAAUUGAAGAGAGAGAUAAACAACGUAGCAGAAAUUCUAGCUUAUUAAGUGUUAGCUCAGCUGCGAACAAUCCUGGUAAAAUAUAUGGUCAGCCUGAUAAUCCACUCCCUCAACCAUCUGUUGUCAAUGCCAGCGCUAGCAAUUCGACGAUCACUACAGAAUUUAUUAGGUUUAGAGUUACAGCUAUACAGAAAAAUCGUCGUGAUUAUUUGGUAGAGUUUGACGUAUCAACCAAUAUCAAACAAUUUGAGAGUACCAUUUUCAGGAAUGUACAAAGAACGUAUGAGGAAUUGCUUAAAUUAAGUGAACAAUUAGCCUUAGCUAAUCCUCAAACGAUUGUUCCUGCAUUACCACCAAAUCAAACAAAUGCACAAACUGAAGAAGAGGAUGAUAGAAGAGUGAAAUUAUCUUUACAAAAUUGGUUCGAUAGAAUAUCUUAUGAUGAAGAUUUAAGAAAAGAUAUGGAUUUGAAAGCGUUCGUUAUGAACAAGUUCUCCUAUGUACCUGUUCAAGUAUUUAAAAGAAAGGCUAGUACCUCUUCAUUUAAUUGGCUGGGAAGGCCCACACCUGAUGAUGAUCUUGAACUUGUUACGGCCAAGGAUAUUCAUUCAGCACAAGAAGUUGCAUUUUUGGCUUGUGUUAACGCAUUAGAAAAUGUCAUACGUAGGAAUAGAGACUUAAGUAACUGUGAAUCAGAUGUUGGAGAAAAGUUGGUUAAUUUAUCAAUUGUUGAAAAAAAUAGGACUUUAUCAAAUGGCCUUGAAUCAAUGGGUAGAGCUGAACAUGCAAUUAGCGAUAUAGGUUUGACUAAAUGCGCCAAUGAUUUAAUAACUGUUUACGAUGGUUUUAAUUACCACGCAUCAAAUGCUAGGGCUGUUAAAGAUACCUUACAACAACGUACUCAGUUGUUAGAAGAAUAUCAAUUAGCUGUAAAAGCUUCAAUAAGUAAAAGAAGAACACUCGAGAAGAUGAAAGGUAGUAGCUCAUUAAAGCCAGAAAAAGUAGAUGAAAUGUUAGCUGAUCUACAAAUCGCCAAUGGAUAUGAGAAGCAUCUAGCCGGCAAAGUUGAAGGCAUGUCGCGUAACUUACAUAUGUCACUUGAAAAGCAUUCAGUUAGUACCAAAAAUGACAUCCAUCAGUUACUGAUGGAGAAUGCGAGAAUGAAUGUUUUGUGUUCAAGCCAGUCAAUAACUGAGUUAGAAUCGGUUGCAUCUGUGAUAGAAAAUAUAGGUGUAGUUGAUAGCACACCUGUAGUGAAAACAGUAUCACGUCAAGAGCAGGAGCAUAUGGCGAAGGAAAAAGAACAAAUAAAAAAGGAAAGAGUUGACCAGAAAGAGAAUUUAUCGAAAGCUGAGAAAGUCAAACAACCUGAAAUUGUCAAAUCAAGUAAAUCAUCAUUAUCCAAAAAAUCCAAGAAUGAGACCAUGAAACCUUACACAAAUGAAAUAGACUCAUCAAAGAUUGCAACAUCAACAACGGCAGAUCCAUUAGGUGUGUCAAAAGUAGUAAAAGAGACAGUACCAGAAAUAUCGCAAUCAACGAUCAUACCAACAAGAGCUAAAGAGAUACAAAUACCAAAUCCAAUGACACAAUCAACGACAUCUUUACCAUCAAUGGAUAAAGAGACAAGAGAGAAGAAUGAACGUAAGAGAAAGAAUGCUAGAGAAGCGGCAUAUAAAUUGGCUAAUGCAUUUUAAAAUGUGAUAUCGUGUAAAUUACAAAUUAACUAAUUUG